GCCCGACGCUGUUCAGAGGGACCAAGCGAGGGCGCGCAGCGCUUGAAAACCUUCAGUCGCCAGGGCCAGCCGAUCUCCAGCCCUCUGUCCCCAUCCAUCCAUCCAUCCAUCUAUCCAUCCAGCACCAUGUCUCUCCCGCAAGGACGGCUCGGCUUCGACCCAACCCCAGAGGAAAAGGCCGUCAUCGUGCGCUCCACCAACGCAUUCUUGAAAUACUAUGUCGGCGGAAUCGUGCUCGGCUUUGGUGCGGGCAUAACCCUGUUACGAUCCACAAAGGCCCAGGUCCGGUCGAUGCGUGGCGGUGCCCUCGUCUUUGCGUGUGGCCUCACUGGCGAGCUGGUUGGCCGGCAUCUCGGCAAGGCCGAGGGCAUCCGGAUCCUCAAGACCGAGCUUCCGCAGGACAGCAAGCUCCGUGAGAUUGUCCUGAACCAGAGCGGCGGCGAGGCGCCUUCUGGAUCGAUAUCGUCGUUGCCCCCGCCCAAGAUCGACUAUUCUCUGGAAGGAUCUGUGCCGUCGCAGAGCGAAGCUUCGUCGCCAGAGACCGGGUUCUCGGCCGAUUACAGCGACUCGGGCUCGAUUGCAUCCUCGGCUCCAAACUCUGUGCCUGCACGCACUCCUCGUCCCAGAGCUCGAGACGAAGCUUCAGAGUCCUCCGUCUGGGACCAGAUUCGACGACAGGGUCAUGCCGGAUCGUCGACUUGGGAUCAGAUCCGAAGACAGGGCCAGUCACAGCCCGAGGCUCGUGGCAAUGCCGAGAUCGCCGAACAGUCUAUCCAGCUGGUGCCCAGAACCCGCGAGGACUACGAAGCCAUGCAAGGAGCAAAGCGAACCAACCAGUAUGGUGACAUUGUCGAGUAGGAUACGUCCGCGGAGCAGCUUGCCUGUGCCCAGAGCCAUGCUCAUUGACCGCCCGCCAGUGGAUUUUCCAGUCGCCAAGCGAUCGGCAAUAUCGCGAAUACAGCUGUGUAAUGGUAUCUGAUG